AUGUCUCAGGAACCCAUGAUAUGCUCAUUCUUCCUGUUCCUUGUUCUGAGCUAUGGAGCAGCAGGUCAUGAAGUUCCAAAUUCCAGGCAGGAUUUGCAUCCGUUGUUGCAAAAAAUGGCGGAAGAAAUAAUAGAUGGAAGCUAUCUGAAUGCAUUACUGGAUCUCAUACAGUUUCAAAGAUCCCACGUGUGGACGGAGGACUUGUCCCACAGAAUCCUGGCCUAUCUGAAUUCACGGAAUGUUGCCUUUACCAUCCCCAGCCUGCAGGCAGCCGUGGAGAAUCACCUGGAGCAAUGUUUGUACCAGCCCCAGAAUCUUCUGGAAGACCUGAGAAAAACAGAUGCACAGCAAUUCCGCACCGCCAUGAAAUGCCUCUUAGAAGACAAGAAGGACCGCUUGGACCUGAAAGACAUUGUCAUCGAUGUGGGAGAAAUUCGGGAACAAGCCUUGCAGAGCCCUGGAGUGAACCGCAGCCUGUUUCUCAUCACACUGGAGAGGUGUUUCCAGGUGUUGAACUCCCUGGAGUGUGUGGAGAUCCUGGGCAGGGUGCUUCGGGGUUCCUCAGGCAGCUUUCUCCAACCGGACAUCACGGAGAGGCUCCCCCGGGACCUGCGUGAGGAUGCCUUUAAGAACCUAUCUGCAGUGUUCAAAGAUCUCUACGACCAAACCUCUGCUCAUUCCCAGAGAGCACUCUACUCCUGGAUGACCGAGAUACUGCAGACUUCCUCCAAUGCCACUGAUGACUUUGCUUCAUGGGUCAGUGCAGAAAACUUAUGGAUUUUGGGCAGAUACAUGGUUCACCUAUCAUUUGAAGAAAUUAUGAAAAUUAGUCCUGUAGAAAUUGGGCUGUUUAUCAGCUAUGACAAUGCCACCAAGCAGCUGGACACAGUCUAUGACAUCACCCCAGAGCUGGCCCAGGCAUUUCUGGAGAGGAUCAGCUCCUCCAGCUUCAACAUGAGGAAUACCUCCACCAUCCACAGGUUGGGGCUGCUGGUUUGUUUCUACGAUGACCUCGAGUUGCUGGACGCAGCUGUGGCCCAAGUCCUGCUUCACCAGAUGAUCAAGUGCAGCCACCUGCGGGGCUUCCAGGCUGACGUUCAGAAGCUCAAAGCUGAACUCUUGGACAUUGCCACGGAGAACCAGACCCUCAAUGAGACCCUGGGUUCUUUGUCAGAUGCAGUUGUGGGUCUGACCUAUGACCAGCUGGAAUCCCUCUCCCCAGAGGCUGUGCAUGGCGCCAUCUCUACCCUCAACCAGGUCUCAGGUUGGGCCAAGAGCCAGGUCAUCAUCUUGUCUGCCAAAUACUUGACCCAUGAGAAGGUACUGUCUCUCUCCAGUGUCAGCCAGCUGGGCACGCUGCUGACCGGGGUCAGCACUCAGGCCUUCUGCAGCAUGGACCGCAGGGACCUCUCGCAGGUCCUGAGAAGCACCAUCUCCCAGCACGUGUCCGAUUUGUCACCUACCCAGCAGCAAGGAGUCCUCAGCAAGAUGAUCGGAGCAGGAGACAUCGCCUCAGGCCUCGUGGAGAUACAAGGGUCUUUCUUUAAGGAAGUGUCUCUCUUCGAUUUAUGGAGGGAACCUGGAUUCAACUCUACGGUCCUGAAGGAAAAAGAACUUCGGAGGAGCCAGGCCUUAUUCCUGUAUGAGCUUCUGUUAAAGACCACCAGAAGGCCUGAGGAGCUCCUAAGCACUGGGCAGCUGGUCAAAGGCGUGACCUGCUCACACAUUGAUGCCAUAAGUACCGACUCAUUUCUGGCCCAUUUCCAGGACUUUGAGAACAACCUCUCUUUGCUUUCACCGUAUCAGGUUAACUGUUUGGCGUGGAAAUACUGGGAGGUUUCCAGGUCAUCUAUGCCGCCUUUCCUCUUGGCUGCACUCCCGGCCCGCUACCUGGCUUCUAUUCCAGCCUCCCAGUGUGUGCCUUUUCUGAUCAGCCUGGGAAAGAGUCAGUUGGACUCUUUGGUUUUAGAUUCCCACAAAAAGACUUUAGUCCUCAGGAAAGUACAGCAGUGCUUGGAUGACUCCAUUGCUGAUGAGUACACCGUGGACAUUGUGGGAAGCCUGCUGUGUCACUUGCCGGCAACCAUCAUUGACAGGGGGAUCUCCCCCAGGGCCUGGCCCACUGCUUUGCACGGCCUCAGAGAUUGCCCGGACCUUAGCCCUGAGCAGAAGACUGCAGUGAGGCUCAAGCUCCUGGGACAGUAUGGAUUUCCUCAGAACUGGACAGCCGAGACUACGAAGGACUUGGGAUCCUUUCUAGUACUUUUCUCAGGCGAUGAAUUAAGCUCUAUUGCCACAAAGUUUCCUGAGAUCCUUCAACAAACAGCUUCCAAGAUGGCCGGGACUCUGCCCCCUAAAGAAUUCCUCUGGGCUGUCUUUGAAUCUGUUUCGAACAGCAGUGACAAGAGCCCCAGCUCUGACCCCAUCCCUGGUUGCCAUGGAGUCAUGGCCCCAUCUUCCGAUGACAUCUCCAAGUUGGCUGAAGCCAACGCCUGCUGGGCCCUGGAGGACCUGCUCUGCUUGGAGGAAGACACCUUCAUCAGGAAUGUUGAGCUGCUGGGGGCUGUCAGGGGUUUUAGCUGGCCUCAGCUGAUGUCCCUCAAGGAGAAGGCGAUACAGGUGUGGGACAUGCCUUCUUACUGGAAAGAACACCAUAUUGUCUCCCUGGGGCGUAUUGCUCUGGCUCUUAAUGAGAGUGAGCUGGAGCAACUGAACCUCAGCUCCAUAGACACUGUGGCUUCCCUAAGCCAGCAGACAGAAUGGACCCCCAGACAGGCUAAAUCCAUCCUGCAAGGGUUCCUGGAUGAUUCAGGCUAUAAUAUCCAGGAUCUGAAAAGCUUUCAUUUAGUUGGACUUGGUGCAACCCUAUGUGCUAUGAACAUCACUGAAAUCCCACUUAUAAAGAUCUCAGAAUUCAGGGUAGUAGUGGCCAGAAUUGGAACUCUGCUCUGUAGUGCCCAUGUCUUGACUGAGUUUAAGAGGAAGGCAGAAGUCGUGUUUGGGGAUCCCACCAAGUGGACCAGCUCUGUCUUGCAGGAGCUGGGGACCAUCGCAGCUGGAUUAACUAAGGCAGAGCUCCGGAUGCUUGACAAGGAUUUGAUGCCAUAUUUCCAACCAUCAGCAAUAAAAUGCUUUCCUGAUGAGAUAUUCAAAGAGCUGUCCGCGGAGCAGAUCGCCUCCUUGGGUCCAGAGAAUGCCGCGGCGGUGACCCUCGCUCAGCGCCGGCAGCUCAGCGUGCUACAGCUGCAGAGCCUUCAGCGGGCGCUAGAUGGCGCCAAGACUCACUCCUGGCAGGAGGCGCCCGCGAGCUUCAGUCCCACCGGAACUCCCUCCUCGCGGUCUCCCCCAGGAACACCCAUCUGCUGGGGUCUUUGGCUUGGCUGCCCGCUGCUGGUCCCAAUGGCCAAGGCCCUGUGGUGA